CCUGAACCCUCUGAAUUGGAUUGAGAAUUCUUCUCUUCUCUCCUUUUCCGACGACGGCGACCGACGCCGGAGGCGGCGGCGCUACCGCGGAGGCUGCGGCCGUCGAACACCGCUCGCUAGUCGCCGGUUGUUUGCCGCCUCGGCCCGAUUCCACACCACCCUAGGGCUCCACGGCUCAGCGCCUCGGUCCAAAUUCGGAAGCACUAGGACUCUUCUGGUCUUUCGAUCCAGGCCUCAGUGGCGGCGGCGAUGGUCUGCUCGCCGGAGAAGGCGGGGGCGGCGUGCCCGGAGUGCCUGGAGCGUCGAAUCCUUUCGGGCCUCCCGGGCUCCUGCUUCUCCUUCGUGCACGGCCUCCACGAGUCCCCUCUCCCCUUCGCCUCCGCCGCCGUCGUCCAGAUUGCAUCUGAUGGGGCUGAGGAAUGUAAUGGGAGCCAGCAGAGCACUGGUUAUUUUGUAUUGGUGGGACUACAGGGUGGCAAGGAACUUUUGGAUAUUCAAGAAUGUGAGAGUAAUUCCUUGGAGAAUGGAAGUCAGAUAGAUCUGCAGGGCAAGGAAAGCACAGAUGCUGAUGACAACCACAGGAAGCAAUCAAUCAUAAACACAAUUACUAAGUUAACUCCUACUCGAUAUCUUGCUAGAGCAGCCACUUCUGAAAUUAGAGAGCUUAUCUCAAGUUACUUGAAUUUGACAACAGAAGAGAGUGUGAUGAAUUCUUUAAAUCUUUUGUCUGAAAAUAAAAUUGUUGGCUCAGGAGGCUUAGAUUUUCUCAAUUUUACUGGAUUUUCAGAGUUCAAUGAUAUACAUCCUUCUGGCCAUGUCAGACAUCCCAACAUCUUACCUGUUUUAGGCAUUGUAGAAACAUAUGAUUGUUGCUACAUGUUGCAUCCAAAGUCUCCAUAUACCUUGGAAAAUAUCAUGCACUACAGUCCAGAGGCAUUGUGGUCAGAUUGGCAUAUUAGAUUUCUCAUCUACCAGAUAAUAUCUGCUUUGGUGUAUCUUCAUGAUUCUGGAGUUCAUCAUGGUAAUCUAAAACCUUCAGCCAUCUUUAUGUCAGAUUCUUUAUGGCCUUACCUGAGCAUAAGUGAUAUAUGUCCUGUAAAACAGAAUUGUGGUUUUGCUGAGUCAAAGCGUCCAGCUCUUACCCUAUGUUGUUUUGAGGAGGAUUGUUCUUCGAGGGCCAUUUAUUCUGGUUUCAAUCUGUCAUCAUCCUUAGAUUGGCAGUCUUACUCUAAGCGAUGGUGGAUGGGUGAAUUGAGCAACUACGAAUAUAUUCUUGUCUUAAAUAAGUUAGCUGGUAGAAGAUGGGGUGAUCCAGCUUUUCACACAGUAAUGCCUUGGGUAAUAGAUUUCACAGUGAGGCCUGAUGAAAAUUCUGAUAUUGGUUGGAGGGACCUCACCAAAAGUAAAUGGCGGCUGGCAAAAGGUGAUGAACAACUUGAUUUUACUUAUUCAUCAUCUGAGGUUCCACAUCAUGUUUCUGAUGAGUGUCUCUCAGAGCUAGCAGUUUGCAGUUAUAAAGCAAGGAGGCUACCAAAGAACAUCUUGAGGUCUGCUGUGCGUUCUGUUUAUGAGCCCAACGAAUACCCAUCUAACAUGCAAAGGCUAUACCAAUGGACUCCUGAUGAGUGCAUUCCAGAAUUCUAUAGCGAUCCUCGGAUAUUUGUCUCUCUUCAUUCUGAAAUGAGCAAUUUGGCUUUACCUUCCUGGGUGACUUCUGCAGAGGAAUUUAUUUGUCUGCACAGGAAUGCUUUAGAGAGUGAUCGAGUCUCGCGACAACUGCAUCAUUGGAUUGACAUAACCUUUGGGUAUAAACUUUCUGGGGAGUCAUCUGUUGAAGCCAAGAAUGUAAUGUUGCCUCCUAGUGAUCCAGCAAAGCCUAAAUCAACUGGGCGGCGCCAACUUUUCACGAAACCGCAUCCUAAGCGACUUACUAGCACACCUCACUCUACCUAUCAUAAUAAAAUGGAAUCUUGUGCUAAAUGCCAGGGGGGAUCAAGUAGCAUGACUACUGGUCUACUAUUAAAGGACCACAUUCCUCCAGCUAUGUCAUCACAAAUUGAUUAUCUGGAAGAGUUUGAGCAAGCAAACGUGUUUAUGAAGCUUGAAAAUCAUUUGUGUCCAAUAUAUGAUUAUGCUAAUGAUUCUUCUUCUUGUUGCUCUUCAGUCAAAUAUAAUAAGAGCCCUUGUUCAAAUCAGUAUAUUGUGCCUCCAGAGAGUGUGCUAUCAGUGGCGCCUGAUUUUGAUUUUUGUUCUUUUCUUGAAUGCUUUGAAUCCGAUGAUAGUUCUCCAACGGGUUAUCAAGAGCUGUUGCGUUGGAAGCAAAAGUCUUGUUCAGUUAAUGAGUAUCAUGCAAAUGAUAUAUUUUCUGUUGGGUGUAUCUUGGCAGAAAUCUAUCUGCACGGACCACUUUUUGAUGCUGAUCUCCUAUCUGCAUAUAAAGAAACUGGCAUACUGCCAGGAGCAAUUCAAGAAUUGCCUAUCCAUGUUGCUGUUAUUGUUGAGUCAUGCAUACAGAGGGAAUGGAAAAGGAGGCCACUGGCAAAGCACCUUUUGGAAUCACAAUACUUUCCUCCAUCCGUUCGAUCUGCAUACAUGUUUCUUGCUCCACUUCAACUUAUAUGUACACCUAGGGAUCGCCUUAAGUAUGUUGCUAAGCUUGCAAGUGAAGGAACACUUAGAGCUAUGGGGGAAUGUGCUGCCGAAAUGUGUGCACCCUACUGCCUACCUCUUGUUUCACCAUCUUUGUCAUAUAUUGACACUGAAUUUGCCUUGGCUCUGCUUAAAGAAUUUGUGAAGUGCUUAAGUGUCCAAGCAACAAAGGAUCUUAUACUUCACAUCAUUCAGAAGAUCUUACAGGCACCAGAAUAUUCACAUCUGAAGGUUUCCUUACUUCAAGAUUCAUUUGUGCGAGAGUUGUGGAAAAAAUUGGGAAAACAAACUUAUAUUGAGAAGGUGCAUCCUUUGGUGAUCAUGAACCUGUACAAUUCACCUAACAAGAUUACUGCCUCUUCUGCGUCCAUUGUUUUAAUUGGUUCAAGUGAGGAACUAGGGAUACCAAUAACUUUUAAUCAGACAGUUUUACCAAUAAUCCAGUGUUUUGGCAAAGGUUUAUGUCCCGAUGGAAUUGACACGUUGGUCAGGAUAGGUGGACUUCUUGGAGAGAGUUUUACUGUCAAGCAAAUUCUUCCCUUGCUUAGGAAUGUUAUACUCUCAUGCAUUGAAUCCUCAAAGAUCAAUAAGCCUGAGCCACAACACAGUUGGAAUUCUUUUGCCCUCAUGGAUGGCUUAUCUGCAUUGGAAGGCCUUGUAUCAAUUCUACCUGUCAAAACAAUUCUUAGAGAGCUUCUUCAGGACCAAGUCUGUCUUCAUAUAAAGGUUCUUACGCAGGUUCAUUUGAAUCUUCGUGUGAUUCAGGUGGCUGCUAGUGCAUUUGUUGAUCUUUGUCAACAAAUUGGACCAGAAAAUACGGCUACAUAUGUGCUUCCACAUCUAAAAGAGCUUUUUGCUGAACUAGCAUUCUCUCAUGAGUCUUCUGGUCUUAGCGUUCCUACAAAAGGGUUAAAGUUCUUCGAUGGAAACAAAACAGAGCCAGCUAAAAUGGAAUCUAGGAUUGAUCUCGUGUUUCUCUUGUAUCCUUUCUUAGCAGCACUUGUUGGAAUAGAGAAGCUCCGUGAAUGUUACUCUACAUGGUUUCUAUUAGAGCAAGCUCUUCAAAGAUUGUAUGGCUGGAAGUGGCAGCCUUCCACUGACCAUUCUGGCAGUAGUGAAAACAUGAAAGGUCAAAGGUUUCGGUCUGGGAACUAUACCUCAUCUGAGCCUGCUCCUACAAAGCUUGUUGCAGAGAUUGGUAAAAAUGGUCGGAAUAUGACAGUCUCCAAUCAAGGAUCUAGGCUUGAGCAUGGGUCAUCUAGUGACAAUUUGUGUGCCUCAACUUCUGGAAAUCAACCAUGGUUUUGGUUCCCAAGUCCUGAUCGUAAUUGUUGGGCACCAGAUUUUCUUGGACGUAGUGCUGGUAUGAAGGAUGAACUUCCAUGGAAGAUCAAAGCUUCAGUCCUUUACUCAGCUCGGGCCCACCCUGGGGCUUUGCGGUCAUUAGCUGUUCAUGAUGAUGAGUGUACAAUUUUUACUGGUGGAGUUGGUCCUGGUUUUAAAGGAAGUAUCCAGAAGUGGGAGUUACCAAAUAUGAACUGCAGUUCUGGAUAUUAUGGGCAUGAAGAGGUUGUCAAUUCUAUCUGCAUCCUGUCAAUUACGGGAAAAGUGGCAUCUUGUGAUGGCACUAUUCAUAUAUGGAAUGCACAGACAGGAAAACUCAUAGCAGUUCAUACGGAGUCAUCUAUUAGCUUUCCUCAGCAAACUGCAUCUAUUGAGCAGGCAAACAUGCUUAAUCAGGAUGCCCUCUCAGGUGGAAUAUUGUCAAAUGCAUUUCGUGGUAGUUUAUAUACAACUAUGCAUUACAUGGAAUCCAAAGAUAAACUUGUUGCUGGUAUGGGAAAUGGUUCAAUCAGAUUUAUUGAUAUUUCUCAAGAUCAGAAGCUGCAUUUAUGGAAGAGUGACUCAGAUGAAAUCUCUUUCUCAUCGCUUGUAUCAGCUAUUUGCUCAUGUGCCUCAGACAAGCUGAAGAAAGACAGCACUGUAGCUUCAUCUUCCUGGAUAGCAGCAGGUUUAAGUUCUGGUUAUUGUCGAUUGCUUGAUGAACGUAGUGGAAAUAUUGUUGCAGUUUGGCGAGCACAUGAUGGUCACAUUACAAAACUAGCAGCACCAGAGGAUCACUUGAUUGUAUCAAGCUCCCUUGACAAGACUCUUCGAGUUUGGGACCUAAGAGGGAAUCUAUCAACCCAGUCAAACAUUUACAGAAGUCACUCAGAUGGGAUCAUUAACUUUUCUGCGUGGGGUCAGGAUAUGGUAUCAGUUUCAAGAAACAAAAUUGCAUUAACUUCCCUUUCGAGGCCAACAAGUGAGAUUGGACAUCAGCAGCUCACAUUUCAGUACCUCUAUUCGUCUGAUCGAGGAGUGAAAUACAAAAACAUGUCUGUUCUUUCGACUAUUUCUGUGCUUCCUUUGUCAAGAUUGUUUGUUGUUGGAACAGAAGAUGGUUUUCUCAAAAUCUGCCACUAGUUGCCUGUAGUAGCGAGCUGACAUGAAUCAUGGUAGCUGUAAAUGCGGGUAGUUGCGUAACUCUGGUGGAGCUGAAGUAGGAGUAAAUUGGAGCUUACUGCCCUGCCAUGAAUGCCUGUUUACUGCGCCCUGCAAGCCUGCAGCCCCUCAUUUCCUUCCUCCUCUCAUUUUUAUUACACAUUGAUUGAUAUCUGCAGCAAGGCCCAAUUCACCAUCAAAUUACUGCGUACCAAUCACUGCAUAAAAAUCAUUUUUAGUAAGGUCAAGCAUUUGCUUUCUGGUCUACAUUGAGCCUGAGCUGCACAACUAGAGCAUGGAAUUACACUAUGGCUAUGUUUAGAUCCAAACUUUGUAUCCAAACUUUAGUCCUUUUCCAGCACUUGCCUUGGAUAGUGAGGAGGCAUUUCAUCAUACAAUGUAUGGGAGACAUUGUUGAUCGUGUUCUCGAGGACUAUGAAGACCAAGGAGUCAUGAGUAGUGAUCCUGUACUGGUUUAGUAGGGAAGCCUUCAUAUCAAUCUGUCAUACACAUACAACUUUUCAGUCACAUCAUUUACAAUUUCAACCAAAAUCUAAACUUUGCCAUCAACUAAACACAGCCUAUCAUGGUUUGCCUGUGGAAAGCCAAUACUUUCUGGAGCUUUCGUACAUUGUGCCUUGUGCCAUUAGUCACUG